AAACGUUGCACAAAGCACGUCGUGUGAUACAAUCAAGAAAUCUGUUGUUACAACUCGAACCUAUUAAUCAUGUCUGGACGUGGUAAGGGAGGUAAGGUGAAGGGAAAGGCAAAGUCCCGUUCCAACCGUGCCGGACUGCAGUUUCCGGUCGGUCGUAUCCACCGUCUGCUGCGCAAGGGCAACUAUGCCGAGCGUGUCGGUGCCGGAGCACCGGUGUAUCUGGCUGCCGUGAUGGAAUAUCUGGCCGCUGAAGUGCUGGAGCUGGCGGGUAACGCAGCCCGCGACAAUAAGAAAACUCGCAUCAUCCCGCGUCACCUUCAGCUGGCCAUCCGGAACGACGAGGAGCUGAACAAGCUGCUGUCCGGUGUGACCAUCGCACAGGGUGGUGUCCUGCCGAACAUUCAGGCUGUGCUACUGCCGAAGAAAACGGAAAAGAAAGCCUAAGGGAGGCACCGAGCGAUGGACGACAGGCGACACUACGAGCAGCUGCUUGCUGCCUAACCAACCAUACCUUGAGACGACCCAAGGCUAUCAAGAAAAAGGACUACGAAAACCAACCGCCCUUAUCAGGG